ACUAUAUAUUUUCCAUGAUCUUGAAACCAAAUGUUAAUUAUCUUCACUAUCCAUAGUUAACACAUAAAAGGGUAUCUUCUUCACAUUUUUCUUUGUUCACAGAAUUUGAGAAAUGGAGAGUCCGUAUUCGCCAUUCCAGUUAGAGAUGUUAGAAGCUGCCUGUGUCUCUUCCGGAUACUCAAUUCCACCAUUGGGAAUAAGAAAGAGGCUAGCAAAUGACCUAGGCUUGUCUGAUGCCAAAGUGCGCUAUUGGUUCAGCGAUCGAGCAGAGAAAGAUAAAGAUAGCACAUCAAACCCUUGUUAUGGGUCAGGGCAGCGUUAUUGCGGAAAAUCAACGUUUUUAUCGUUUGUGUCCACUGAGUAUGGUGGUGUCUGUACAACUUCACGGCGAGAAGAAGCUGCCCCGAAACUCGAAGUUUCUAAGAAACAAGUUCGAAAACAGCUAGGAGAACAAAUUCAGAAGGAGCGAAUGGAUGCAAUUCAUAAGUUUCAUGAGAGAGCAAAAGAAGUGUUUGCAAGCAGGGUUGCGAUUGAAGUUGAGUUGGAUCACAAAGUAUUUGGUCAAACUGUAAAUGUGCUUAUACAAAUGACACUAGAAGAUAUUGAGUUCAUUUGCACGCCUUAUGAGUGGCUUUCGAACAAUGCCAUAGUCUUAUACAUCCGAUUGUUAUAUGAGAAAUUCGGUAGUGAUGCACACAAAAAUAAGUUUGGAUCUAUAAAUCCAGCAGCAGUUAAUUUUCAAGUCGAUAAAGAAGUUUUCGUGAGAAAUAUAUUAAGUGGACUGAAAGUUUCAGCUUGCAGUCGAAAAUACAUCUUUAUUCCUUGUAAUACAGGAGUUCAUUGGGUACUAAUCGUAUUUUUCGACGGGGUAUUUUAUUAUUUGAAUUCGUUGGACGAAAAGCAUAGAUACAAUCUAGAUGAGCAUAUGAGCAUUGUUUCGCAAGCUCUAGCUCGAGAAUUGGAUUUCAAGACAUCUAAAGAGAAAGUAUCCUGGGUCGAUGUGAAGCACAACCCUAAACAAGAAGGAACUUGGGAGUGUGGAUUUUAUGUGAUGUUGUAUAUGAAGCAAAUCAUAAAAAGUUAUGACAUUGCAAUGCAGAACCCUCAAGAGAUGUUUAAGUCGGGGAUGAAAUAUGGGAUGCCGAAGAUCGAUGAAGUUAGAAAAGAGUGGAUAGACUAUGUUUCUCCAAUUAUUGAGAAGUAUUGACGUUACAAUAUCUUUAGUGCAGACAAAGUAGUGAUUGAUAAAACAGGGGGUGCUCCUAAUUAAAUUUGAAUAGUAGUGAUAGUUAAUCCAAAGAAAUAAUAUGGAUAUGGUCUGUUUUCUA